UGUGAAUGGUGAGCAAGGCAAUGGAAAGCAAAUGUAUUUAUACGGAACAAUUCAUAACAGGUAAGCUCAGUGUGCUUUACAUUAAGGUGCAUAGAAAUUCAAAUAAAGUAAAUACAAGAACAGCCACACCGACAACCACCCAUCCUCCAAAACGAACUGACAACCCUCCCACACACACGCACUCACCAGGAUCUUAGAUACAGUUGGAAAGGUAUAUUUUUCAUUCCUCCAUGCAUGGAUUCUUCUGUCACACAACCAUACCAACAAAAGACCACAGAAAUCACAAGCCUUAAAUACCUCGCAACUUACAGCACAAAAAUCUAAACAUCAAAAUUAGUAGCUUUUGAAAAAAAAAGUACAUAAAUACAUGUGCAUAUUUAUAAUAUGUUUGACUAUAUUCAUCAUACAUGAUAAUAAACCUUUAUGUAAUAUUUCAUAAGAGGAUUGAUGUGUGCAAUGUAACUCAGAAAUAUCCUUUAGUCUGUUCAUGUUUGUAAAGAAGAUAAGUCGGUUCCAAGAGGAACUCCCUCGGUUAAUUCCAGAAGAUUCCCAGAGGUGCGUGACAACCUUUGUGAGUGGGCACCCAGCUAUGUGGGCAAACUUAGAUGAUUUACUUACAUGCAGAAAUGAAUGCAAACAUAGAGGUGGAAAUAUAAAAUAAGUAGCAGUUAUGGAAAUGAAGGGUCAUUGUUUAAUAAGGUCAAUAUAAAAGAUGUAAAAAAAAAAAAAAAAAAAUAGAAAAGAAAAGAAAAUGAAAAAAGCAAAUGAAUAGAAAUAGAAAUAUGGAGUAAAAAAUAUGUAUAUAAAUAAGAAGUUCAACUUUUUCGACCAGUUCCAUAGUAGAUGUGGACUAUCAAGGCAAACACCAUCAAUUAAACUCUGUAUCUCUCCAAGACGCAAGAGGUCAAACCUGAGGGAACUUCCUCUUGCAUAUUACAGUCCCAACCCCUCAUCAGUCCCAGAGCAUGCAAUGUCCUGAGUUUCCUAGAAGACCUCUGCAGUUAUCCCAUUAAAGGGUUAUGUCUCCUUUUGGCUGUCCCAAGACUUAAAGAUUAAGGCAGUUAUUGUAUGAGGCUUCAGCCGGACCACAGUCACUCCCAGAGCUCUGCACGAACACUGUCCUCUCUCGCAUCAGCCUCACCGCCAGCUCUCUGCAGGAUUCUGGACAAGAAUCAAACCUCUGGAGGAGUGAUGGGUUCCCACAGCUCAAAUUUGGAUGAUAUACUGGAGGAAGACAUGCACCACUGGUACACCAAAUUCAUGAAGGAGUCUCCCUCGGGGCUCAUCACACUCUUUGAGCUCAAGACGAUGCUUGAAAUGAACGGUAUGACAGAGGAGGCCAGCAGCUACGUGGACCAAGUCUUUUUCACCUUUGACAUGGACGGGGAUGGCUACAUAGACUUUGUCGAAUAUAUUGCAGCAAUAAGUUUAUUACUGAAAGGGGAAAUAAACCAGAAACUAAAGUGGUACUUCAAGCUUUUUGAUCAAGAUGGAAAUGGGAAAAUUGACAAGGAGGAACUGGAGACUAUAUUUAAGGCAAUUCAAGAUAUCACCAGGAGUUACGACAUUCCCCCAGAGGAGAUUGUGACUCUUAUAUAUGAGAAAAUUGAUGUCAAUGGAGAAGGGGAGCUGACUCUGGAGGAGUUCAUCAGUGGAGCGAAGGAGCAUCCUGACAUCAUGGAUAUGCUCACCAAGAUGAUGGAUCUCACCAAUGUCCUGGAAAUCAUUAUCAGAGGUCAACAGAAGAACGCUGUGAACUGAAUUGAUAACCUACAAGCUGGACUGUGUGAGGAAUCAAAAUUGUUUUUUGGUGGAUUUUCAGAUGGCAGAAGUGUUGAGAAAAGAGUGUAUGUGCUUGAUGAAGAGCCAAGUCCCAUCUCAGACUGCACAGAAUGAAAAUGAAUGAACAGUACCACGCAGAUAUGAUACUUCCGUAAGUUGCCCACGGGGUGAAGGAAAAUUUGUCCCCUUCCUUCUGCUUGUGCUCUAAAAGUUCUCGUACGACGGCCCUUCAGUUUUGUGAAGGUUUAAAACACUGUAACCAAUAACGUGUCCGGAGAGUCUCAGUGAAGACGGGCCCAUCUGCUUUCAAGUUCUCAUCAUGCUCCAAGUAGAUGGUGCAAUGUAAGGUUGAUAAAUCACUUUGAUUAAUGUCAUUAAGAGUUUACUGAGCUGGAAAUGCUGUAUGGCCUUCUUGGUUUGCAGAACUGUCAGGCACAAAGUGAAAAACUGAGUGGGUUGCUUCAGUCCAAAAUGUCUUGGACGGCUUUGGAAUUAUGUUUUAUUCAAAUCUGGAAAAGAUUUAUAAUUGAACAUACUAUUAAUACUAUUAAUUAAUAAUUUAAUUCUGAUUCAUCCUGUUGAAGACAAACUCAAGCUUCUUUUAGAAAGCACCGUGGUCACUUCCUAUACCAAUCAUUCACAUAAUUACUGUAUAUGGGUGUUAAAAUAUUAAUACAAUGUCAAUAUUCAAAACACUCACUGAGAUUGUUUGUGUUGUUUUGUGUUGUUGCUCUUGUAAGAUCUGCAUGAAACCUUCACUGCUGGAUGUAGAAAGACUUGAUGGUAACAGAUUACUAAUGACUGAAUGUAAAAAGAUCUGUCAUUGUGUACAUGAUAUGUAAUGUUUCACAAUA